AUGCCUGUAGUCAAGCGUGUUGUUUUGAUGGCGCCGCUCGAAAAAGCGGUAUCUCAAAGUAUUUUUACUUUUUGGGGAAAUACGGUGGCCAGACUUCUUCCGGCAAAUCUGAAAAAUGUUUUAUUUUUUUUUUGCGUUCUGAUUUUUUCAACUUAUUGAAUAUUUUUUUAGUUAGUUGUUGAAGCAAAAUGGUUUUUCUGUGUUAUUAUUUGGAUAUUUCCCUUAUAUAUGUAAAUCUUAACGGAGACUAAGCUACGGAAUAAGAAUAACUGUCUUUGAAAAAUAAAUGAAAAAAAGAUAAUGAGGUCUCCUUCCUCAUUAUCUUUUUUCGAUAUAUUUCUCUGAUGUCUUGAUAAAUUGAAUCAAAUUGAAAUGAAUCGAGGUCCCCUUCUGAUUUAUUUUUGAUGUAAGGAUUCCUUGAAGAUCCUUUCAGUAUUCUGGUUUGACUCACAUCAUUUUUUCCUUGUAAGGAGUUAACCCAUCAUUAAUUUCUCAGCCUCGCCACUUUCUGCCACGCCUCUUAUCUAAAGAGGUCAGUUCUGCUCACCAUCUAGUUAGAUCUUCCUGACCGGCAGAUCCUACUUUUAUCCCGCCUUAUUUCAAUCAAUGUUCGGAUUUUCCUGGUGUCUCCUUGAGAAUGGUUUUGAGAGUAGAGAGUCUCUGUGGUCACAGUUGUUAAAACUUUUUAAUAUGUUUUUUUGUUUCAUCUUUUUUUCUCAAUCAUCUCUGGUUCUCCAGGGAUUUUUUUGAAGUUUUUCAUUCCCACCACAUUAUUCCUGAAAACCCAACUUUUUUUGAUAUUUUUUUCGACUCCCACCUAUUCAAUUUUUUUGUGAUGACAGAAAAAAAUAUUCAUUUUUUUCGAAGCAAAUCGGAAAAAUUGGUUAGUUUUUAAAACAAAAUUCGUUUCUCCAGUUAAUUGCCUAUGGAAAAUAAUGAAAACCCAAGUUAUAUAUAUAUAUUUCAUUCUGCUAAAUGAAUUCUCAAUUAAACUUAUUACUUGGUUUAUUUACAAUUGAGAUAACCAAAAUAAUUCAAUGAAUGUAUAAAUAUACUUAGCCUGAAUUUUCUCCACCUGUCGAUUUUUAUCGAACAGUUCUUUUGAAUUUCGACUUGCAAUUUUUUUCAUAUCAUUGACUUGAUCAACUUUUGAUAUUAUCGUCAGUAAAAAAUAGACCAAUUUCAGAUUUUUUUUUCCAAUUGAGAAGUUGAGUAUUCUGAAUUUUAGUUACCACAAGGUUCAUACGUCGUUUUGCUGAAGCACUCCCGAAGCACGAGAAACGAAAAAAUGAAUCCAGUUCAACAGGUUCGUCUUCAAACUUAUCGGAAAAUUGGAACUUCUUUCAGGUUGAAAAUAAUGCGGAAAAUAACGGUCGGAAACGUCUUUUGGACAAUACUCAAACUGAUGGAGUCCCACUCGAUCCACAUGAAAAGGUUAUUUUUCACAAGAAUAGUAAAAAACUAAAAUAAAAGUAGAGGACCAAAAUUAAGUAGCAAAGUGAUGGACAUAUUCAUUUUUUUAUUUUUUUGUGGAAAUUAAAAAAAUCGAGCAAACUAUAUUUGUUAUUUCAUGAAAAAAAAGAUCUCGUCCUUCUCGAAAAAAAAGAGAAAAGCGCCCUUACCGAAAAAAUACCUUGUUAAAAUUGUUUUUUCACUUGAUCUUCGGUAUUAGUUCACUUUUCGUCAAGGCAAAGUAUUUUUUUUCUGAUUUUGGGUUUUAAAAAUCUAGCAGUGCAGGUAUAUUUUUGAACUGCUUCAACUGGAUUCGGAAAAAAAAAUCAUUGAAAAACUUAUUUUUUUGAAAACUGGUCAACAUCCUUGAUGAAAAAUUCCAAUCCGAGGUUUUUUCAGAUCGAAUUGCUCGAAAAAAGGCAGAAAAAGUCCCCGACUGGCGAUCCUGAUGAUUACGAUGUAUUUUUUGUUGCACAUAAGAUAAUUGAUGUUUUUCUUUUUUCAGGAAUCGGUAGAAUUCUAUCGAAAUGAGCAAAAAGCUAUUCAAGACAAAAUAAAUCGCCUUGCUGAGACAAUGGAUAAAAAACGAAAAGAGUCUUUGGAUAAGUACAACGUAUUUUGCACCUUCACCUAUUGAUAAUAUUGAAAUAAUUUUAGGAUGACGACGUCACAGCUUUUCGAGAAGUUAUGUGUAAACUCAAACUGGGUUCUUCUGGAGAGAAGGUGAGGGACACUCUGAUGUGCAUUUGAACUUUACUAGGACUUUUUUUCAACCCCUGAUUAAAAUUUUGAUGUAUUUAAUCUUCUCCUGAUUCUAGAAAAAAUUUCAACCGGGGGCUACGAUGUUUUCUAAUCUAAAGAUUUUUUUUCUCAGUUUUUCGAACUGCGAUUUCUCGGAAAAAUUCAGAAAAAAAGCCAAUUUUUUGGAGCUUUGAACUACAGUUUUUAUGUCCUCACUAGAGAGAAUGUUUUGAGCUAACUUUCCUAUAAUUCCAGGCGUCACCGGAUGCAGAAGACAGUUCCAUGUGGGAGACGUUGAAAAAUUCAGUGGAACGUAUGGAGAAAGCUGUUCAAAUCGCCGAACGAGCUAUCGCCAUGAAAGAAAUGAGAAAAAAGAACUACUUUAUUGAUGGUCCAAAUUAAAAUGUCUCAUUAUUUUCUAUGAAUUUUUUUUGUUAACAUUUUACUUGAAAAUGUAAAACUUUUCUCUUUGAUUUGUGUUGCGUUUACAUUGGUUCAAUACCAAUUAUUUCUCACUCACAAAUGCUUUCUUCGAGCUUCAUUGCCAUUUGAUUGGUUCAAUACCAAACUACUCUCUGCAUUUCCGUACUAUUUCCGAUUUUUCAAGGUUGGUACGUGAUCUCUUGCAGCACAACAUCUCUGAAAAAUGUCCGUUUCGCAGGUUAAAACUUUUUUUGAUUUAAAAAAAUAAUUUUUCUAUUUUUUUAGGUUGAAUACAACGCAAACGUUAUUUACCAGUAUCGUCCGAGCGACGACUUUCAAAACGAAGAAAAAAACUAUUGGACCCGCGAGAGACGGUGAUUUUUUUGUGAAAAAGAACAAACUUAAAUAAAUUCAAGUCGGGAAAAAAAUUGACUAUACAUAAUUCAAAAAAAUAUAACAAUGACUAUUCACAACUUUCUUUUUAAUGCCUCGUUCUCUUAAAAAGUUAGAAUCAAACAAAAGAAAAAAAUGAGAGGACGCGUGCAGAUCUCAUUUUUCGCAGUGCUGGCUAUAAAAGUUUUUUUCAAAACUUUUUUGGACGAUUUAUGCUCUGAAAAAAAUUAUCAUAAAACCGGUAAAAGUUUUUUUUAAUUUUGAAAGAAGUAAUUCCGAAUAAUUAUUUCGGUCUUUAUGCCAAGCGCUGUAUAAAAAAAUUUAUCCGACUAUUCCUUUUUCCGAUUUUUUUCUCGAUAAGCUCUUCGUUUUGAAUCUUCCUAAUUAAAGUAGGUACAAUUUUUUUGAUUCAUGAUUAACACAAAAAAAGAGAGGAAAAAAAGAAGUUAAUAGAUGUUUUAUAAACCGAAAUAUGAGGGAAAAAAGUCGGAAAGGAAUUCGUCGGAAACUUCUCCGUGGGAAAGAUCUGCAGCGAUAUGAUAAAAUUGGAAAAAUUGCCGUUUGAAAAUUCGCUGACUUAUUUUUCAUACCACCAAAAUUUCGAUAAAACAAAUAUCCUAAGCAACAUUAAUUUGCUCUUUCAACGUAACUUUUGAGGACGAUUUCAGAUGGGUCGCUUUAACGCGUUCCUCCGUCAGAAGUUAACCGAAACAUGGCCUGUUGCUGGAGAGUUGGAAAUAUUCCUUCGAAAAGCAGAAGAAGAAAAAAAUAUUAUUGAAUAUAUCGCGAAAAUACGAAAACGUGAAAUUCGGAGCCAUUCAGUCGUCCAUGAUGUUCAUCCUUUUGUGGCAGAAACUUUGAAUUUCUUACGAUUCAACGAUCAAGACGACGAAAAAAAUCUAAAAAAAUGGCUACGCAAAAAACAAAGCUUUUUGUCUUUUGUUGUUAAAAUUUGGAGAGAAGAGGAGGCCUUUAAAGAAAAGUUCCGCAGUUUUUUGAGGACUGUGAAAGAAAAGAACAGCGGGUUUUUGGAUCAAUUUGAAAAACAGGUACGGCUAAAUCUUUUUUUGAUUUCUUUUUCACAUAAUUAGUUCUGAUCAAAAGCUUGAAUCUUGUUCUAGAUGUUAUUUGUUGUUUUUUUCAGAUAUGCGACACAAGAAAAUCUGCUUUUGACUUUUUCGAAGAAAGCAAGAAGACGCUGGAGGAAAUUAAAAAAAACAUGGAGCGACUUUCGACUUCUUUUAAUGAGGAACAAAGAAAAUGGCAAGCAGCUUUCGAUUCUCUCGACCCCGUGGAUAGGGAUAUCGGGUCAACUUUUCAAGGAGAAAAGUUGAAAAUCCUAAGGGGAACGCGCUUUUGCGUCGAAACGGAAAAAAGUUUAAUGAAGCUCUGUUUCGCCCUCGAAGAAAAACGGCCUGAGGUAUAACUAAUUGGGAAAAAGUUCUUGAGUUUAUCAAUUUUCUUACAGGCUGCGAGAGAGAAUCAAAAUGAAGCCGUGAAAGAUGAACCUCGCCUCGAAGACCAGGUUCAAAAACUUCAAAUUUUAUAUAUCAUUUGAUGUCAGGUUCUCGGAACACCCGAUGCAGAAAAUGAAAAAGAAAACCUCGGAAAAAUUCACAUCCAGAGGUUUCUGCCAGGAUUCUUGCCCCCGAAACGCCAAAAAAAAUUCAACAGGUAAAGGAAAUUUUUUUUUGAAGGUUUUUCAUUUAUAAUUGGAUACCCUAGGACUUUGAAUCUAAUCAUUUCAUUUUUAAUGAGCAGUCGCCUGGAGAUGUUCUGAGAAUAGAGAAUUUUGUUAAUUUUGGAGAUGCAAAAUUUCCAAAAUUGUUUUUAAGAGUGUUUUAGCCGAACUUGGGCCUUACUUUCUUGAUAGCUUGAAGUUUUAGUUUAAUUUUUCUGAAACACACUGAAGCUUUGUAACAUUCUGGUGGAAUAUCAGAUCACAAAAAACCUCAGCUUUAGAAAGAUUCAAAAAGACUGAGUUUCCAUACAAAUGAGUUGUGCAAAAAACUCCUUUUUUCGAAUGUGAUCUGAAAUUACAGUACUUACUUAGCUGCCUUGAACUUAUUCGGCGCAGAUAAGGCAAAAAAUUUUGGUCGCCAGGCAAAAAAUUUUGGUCGCCAAAAAGCCACAGCCAGAAGCUUUUCACUUCAUUUUGGGCAAUUUUAUCCAAUCAUCAAUGGAAACUUUUUAUGUAUUUUAUAUUUGAACUGACUUUUGUUCGCUUUUAAAACUACUUGAAAGCUUCCUCAUACAACGGCAAACAAGGCAACGUAAAACAGUGGAAAACAAAAGUCGAUAAAACUUCCAAUAGACGUCUUCUUUGAACUGUCUGACACAAUUUGCUUCCAUAACGAAAAAUUUCGAAAAUCAAGAAGCUUCAGAGUUUUUCAGGACCCUUCAGCAAAGCGAACCGAAAUGGGCGACUCUAUCGAUUCGCAAAAUUCGGUAGUACUCCUUGCCAAUUAAAUGAACGGUGUAAUUUUUUUCAGUUGUCUCUCCAAAAACUGCAGGCUGCAGAAGCAGAUUUUCUUGAUGAAAAAAAUCGCCUUGUUGAAAUAUUUAGCCGAAGGAGGAAACAACUGCUGGAAAGUUUUCAGGUACUUUAAAUGUUCAAAGAGACAUUUGUGAAAGUGAAUAAUUUCAGGAUCAGGAAAUAGCAACUUUCCAGGAACACAUGAAGAAAAUCAAGGUGUGUUUCUCUAGAGAGAUAGUUACAGACUCUUUGAUGUGUAGUUGAAUAUUUAGGUACUCUGAACUAGAAAAAAAAUAAUUUUUCUGUUUAUUCAAAAUUUAAGAACAAUUUUGUAACAUAUAUUGAUUGCAGGCUCACGAACUCGCGGACGACUCCUCUUCGUGGAAAGAAUUCGAAGAAUCCGUCGAAGAUAUCAAAAAGAUAUUGAAAACGGCGACAGAAAUUGUUGUCAUAGAAAGAGUCAGAGAUCAAAUGAAAGAAAUCUGACCGAAACGGAUUGUACCGACUUUUCAUUGAUUUCACAAAGUUUUGCUUUCGAGAUUUUUUUGUGCUCAUCCUCAAUUUUUUUGAUUUCUCCGAUCUCUGAAAGAUUAAAAUAAUCAAUUGAUUUCAUUGUCAAUAAAAUGUCACAAAUUCUUUCUUCGAGUUUCAUUGCCAUUUGAUUGGUUCAAUACCAAACUACUUUCUGCAUUUCCGUACUAUUUUUUUUCCCGAUUUUUUUUUCCGAUUUUUCAAUUUCCGAUUUUUCAAGGUUGAUACGUGAUUUCUUGCAGCUUCAACAAAACAAGAAAAUGUCCGUUUCGCAGGUUAGAACUUUUUUGAUUUAAAAGAAAUCAUCUUCUAUUUUCAGGUUAAAUACAACGCAAACCUUGUCUACCAAAUGCCUACCUGCGACGACUCUCAAAACGAAGAGAAGCCUUUGACCUUUCAGGAAUUGGUGAUUUUUUUCGUAUAAGCGCAAACUUAAAUGAUUGGAAGAAAUUCCUAGGACUCCAUUCAACAGUUUCACUUCAAUUUAAGAAACAGCUGGUAAACCGUGAGAUUAGGUCUCUAGUUGAACGCCGCGUGCGCUACUUUUUUGGCUAUAACUAGUUUCUUAGUGAGCCCUCUUUUCGGAAACUGAUUAUGAAUAUUGACAAUUCCUUUUAUCGAAGAGCGAGAAAAAACAUAUUUUGGAUCAUUUUGAAAAAAUGGCUUACGGUUCCUUUAAGAGCUUUAUUUCCACAUACAACAGCAAACAAAAAGGAAUUCACACUAGGUUUUUUCAAAACUUUUAAAAAUGGUAAAACCAUAUUCAAUGGAAUCUCGCACUAAUGUCCACGAGAGCAUGAUUAUUAUUGGUAUCGAAUCGAUUCACCAAUCGAUUGGAUACCACAAUUAACAAAAAAAUUUUUUUGACAAAAAAAAAUUUUUCAUUCAAAACGAUAAAUAAACGAUAUCAUUCAUAAACUAUCUUGAACACAAAUAAAAAAAUAUUGCUAUAACUCAAUUAUUGAGAAAAACAAAUUUCAAAACCGGAAAAUAGAGGGAAACCGCAAAAAAAAUGAAAAAAAGAAAGUGGAAAUAAAUUUGAUUUUUCAAAAAAAUUUCAAGUUUUUCUAACUGUAAAGUAGAAUUUUUUUGGAAUUUCACGCAAAAAAAGCUGAGAAAAAUUUUUUUAAGAAAAAAAAUCAAGCACAAAGCAUAUUUUUUAUGCGCUUCAUGAUAAGAAAUUUCAGAUAAACAACUUCAAGCAGUAUCUCGGCGGGAAAAGAGAAAUAUUACUGAAAAUACAAGAACAAAAAGACUUUUUUGGAAAACUUUUUGAAAAAACCCGGAUGGAAUACACUUGCCGACAGCUUCCAGGAGCCCACAGCACUGUGUCAACUUGGGAAGAAUUGAAAUCAUUCCGAGAUCAAGAUGCCGAAAUUCAUCAAAAUGUUUAUGAUCAACUUACUUUGUUGAAAGAUCAUUUUGGAAUGAUAAACGGCAAGCUAAACAGUCGUUUCCAAAAAGUUAGUUUAUUUAUUUUUUUAUUUUUUCUUAAUAUGAGUUUUUUCAAAAAGAACCAUUUAUCGAGACGAAUUCUCUCUUUGCUUUUCAGGAUCCCCUGUCUGAAGCUGUCGGACAGAUUUCAAACAUUUUUGAAAAAAAUGAGGCGCAAUUGAAUGUGAUAGCGAAUAUGGCACAAGCACAGAGGAAUCGAUUCAAUGAUUAUUGCCGUGAAUAUAAGCGCAAUCCCCCUGUUGUCAUUAAUAGCCGACGAUUUCGAUCGGCGAUACAUCAACUUCGAAUCACCUUCGAGGAGACACUAAAAACAAUUGAGUCGGACAAAAUAACAGCGAAUGAAACGCGCGACGGCCUUGUGCGCUUGGUGGAAGAAAAGCGAUUUCAUUGUGAAGCUAUGAAGAGAAGUUCUCAGGUAUAACUAAUUUGAAGAAAACUUCUAAAACCGUCAAAAUUUUCACAGCCCAAUUUGGAGAUUCAAAAAAAGACUUCUGAUGAAGAUCAAACUGUCAGCAAACCGAGUCGUGAAAAUGAAGAAGUAGAUAAAAUAGAAAAAAUCAUAUGAUUUUUGAAUUCAGACGGUCGUAACGGUUGAGCUCGAGAAUACAGUGUCGAUCCAACCAAAUCCCUCAGAAGACUUGCAAGAAAAAAACUUCUGCGACGCUUCCCGCGGGCGAACUAGAAGAGCAAAGUCAAAAGGUACAGAAAAAUCCUUUCUAACUUGAAACUUGAAAUAAAAGAACUAAUUAUAGCUAGAAGAAGAACCUGAUAAAAGUCGUUCGGGAGAUUCCAUCAAGGACGGUUCGAAUGGAGAAGUUUGUCAGUUUUCAAAAAAGUUUUACAUCAUUUUUUUAAGGCUUUGAGUAAUUCUACUGAAGUCAAUGAGGCGGCCAAUGUCAAAGGUCAACCAGGACCAGUUGAGAAUUCUUCCAGAGUGAAAGACUCGGAGGUUAUAGAUUUUUUCGAGAAAUCUGUUCUUUAAUUUCGGAUUCAGAAAGAAAACCAAGUGGAUGAGACGGAAGUUGGAUCUCCAAGUGUAAGUUUUUUUGGCUUACUUUUUACUUCCAGUUUAAUCGAAAGUCGUUACUCCGUGACGUCAUCUUGACCUAACAUUCCGCAUACGGAAUAUAUUUAUUGAAUACGACGUGUUUACUUUGAGUCAAAUUAGAAACAGAAAGAAAAGAUAUGUAUCAAAUUUUUCUCAUUUUCUAUUCUUCGAUUUUCUUACUCUCUUGAAAAAAUUUCAAAACGAUUUUAUAAUUUUGUUUUCUAUUCCCAAUUGGGGACCAGUGCCCUCAAAACUCCUACAGUUGCAUUUUCAAUCCAUUUAAAAAUCUUCACCGAAAAAAAUCAAAGCGUAGGAAACGCAAACUGGGAAGUUUUUAUUGCAGAGGCACAAUUACAGGCUGCUCCCAUCAAUUUCCAAUUUCUCACUUUAAUUACAUGUGUAUAUAAAAAAAAAUUUUUUUACUCCUGUAUUUCUUGUUUUAAAAAUAAGGUGAUGAAGUGACGUCACGAAGUAGUAAUUUGCGAUCUAACUAAAUCGUUUUUGAAAUGAUGAGCGCAAUAUUAUGUCCCAAAUUACUCAAAAGAUUUGUUCUCAUUAGGUGUUUUGAAAUUGACGAAAAGUUUUCUCGAAAAAAAAAUUUGAAUCUCAUCACAACCGGAAACUUUUCAGACGAACACUCUCGAAGAGGACGAAAAGAAGGCCGACUUUGUUUUAGGGGAAACUUUGCAGGUAUUUCAUUGUUGAUACAUAAGCUCCGUUUUUUUUUUCAGGAAACACUGGGAAAUUUUGAAAAAAAGCGGAAAAUAUACGAAGAUGAAAUAAAUCUCCAUUUUCUGUCGUAUGAGAAGCAACAAAAAGACAAAAAUGGAUCAAUAUAAUGUAUUUUGAUCUUUAUGGGACAUAUUAAUAAAAAAACUUUUUAGGAUUUGGAAGUUGGAAAAUUUCAAGAAAAACAUGAUGAAAUUCAAGCUCGGCUUUUUCUGAAGGAAAUCCUGAAGACGCUACGGUGAGUAUUAUGAACUUACUGCCCUUUGGUGGCUCAAAAUGAAAAUAAGAAGAAUUUUCAGAUUCAUUUUUCACAAAGUAGGUUAUUUGAUUUUGCAGUUGCGAUUUUUUUUUAAUUGUCAAAACACUCCUUGAUGUACCAGCUGAGGAUUUUGUCAGUCUCAACUUGCAAAACUUUCAAGUUUUUGAAAAAGAAAAUCUCAAAGUUGAAAAAAACUAAAAAAAAGCUGUUUAAAGGGUUCGCGAUUUUGUUUCUCAAAAACUAAUGCGUUUUGCAGGUUGAGACCUUCCACCUUUUUCUCUGGUACGUCAAUGAGUUGUAUGCCUAACUUUUUAGGAAGUUCCUAAACUCAAGAUAAAAUUACCUUGAUCUUCCUUGUCAGCGAACUUUUUUAGUCAUCGUUUAUAAUAAUUUCAGGCCCCUGAGAUGCCGGACAUACUUUCCAUGAGUGCUUCUGUAGAAGCUGCGAAGAAAGCUGUUCAAAUCGCCAGAGACAUUCUCUCGAUUCAAGAAAGUAUCGGAAGAGAUUCUCAAAGAUAUCCACGCCCUCUUCCAAUUAUUCUUUGA